AUGCUGCUGUCCCUGGUGCUCCACAUGCACUCGGUGCGCUGCGUGCUGCCGGCCGCCGUGCUCCUGGGCGCGGCGCCCACCUACGUGCUGGCCUGGGGCGCCUGGCGGCUGCUCUCCGCCCUGCUGCCCUCGCGCUUCUACCAGGCGGUGGACGACCGGCUCUACUGCGUCUAUCAGAGCAUGGUGCUCUUCUUCUUCGAGAACUACACCGGGGUGCAGAUAUUGCUAUAUGGAGAUUUGCCAAAAAAUAAAGAAAAUAUAAUAUAUUUAGCAAAUCAUCAAAGCACAGUUGACUGGAUCAUUGCGGAUAUUCUGGCCAUCAGGCAGAAUGCUCUCGGACAUGUGCGCUAUGUGCUGAAAGAUGGGCUCAAGUGGCUCCCGCUGUAUGGCUGUUAUUUUUCUCAGCAUGGUGGAAUCUAUGUAAAAAGAAGUGCCAAGUUCAAUGAAAAUCAGAUGAGGAAAAAGCUGCAGCGCUACAUCAGUGCAGGAACUCCAAUGUAUCUUGUAAUUUUUCCAGAGGGAACAAGAUAUAAUCCAGAACUAACAAAAGUUAUUUCAGCUAGUCAAGCAUUUGCUGCUCAAGAAGGCCUUCCAGUAUUAAAACAUGUGCUGACACCAAGAAUAAAGGCAACUCACGUUGCUUUCGAUUCUAUGAAGGAUUAUUUGGAUGCCGUUUAUGAUGUUACAGUGGCUUUUGAAGGGUCUGUGGAUGAUAAAGGGCAGCGGAAGGAAGCACCAUCCAUGGCUGAAUUUCUCUGCAAAGAAUGUCCAAAAAUUCAUAUUCACAUUGAUCGUAUAGACAAAAAAAAUAUCCCAGAAGAACAAGUAUCCAUGAAAAGAUGGCUUCAUGAGCGUUUUGAAAUAAAAGAUAAAUUGCUUAUAGAAUUCUAUGAUUCACCGGACCCAGAAAGAAGAAACAAAUUUCCUGGAGAAAGUGUUAAUUCUAAGCUAAGUCUCAAGAAAACCUUACCAUCAUUCUUGAUCUUAAGUGGUUUGACUGCUGGUUUGCUUAUGACUGAGGCUGGAAGGAAACUGUAUGUGAAAACCUGGAUUUAUGGAACCUUGAUUGGCUGCUUGUGGAUCAUCAGCAGAGGUGCAGCCUACAGCGGACGUGGGGCCUCACCGGAAGCACUGUGUCCUGACGCAGGCCUCACCCGGAAGUGCUGUGUCCUGACGCAGGCUUCAACCGUUUAAGCUCUUGUGAGCCCGCCCACUGCCCGCGGCAAAGGCAUUUUGUGGUGUUUUACGUCAAGAAGUCGCCUUCCUCAAGCCAGUAAAUAUAGACUUAAUCCAUCAGGACAGAGUGAGUUUGUUUAGUUCCCGUUUGUGUUAAUGAGGCCACGUAAUUCAUCAGAGUCACCUGAAAAGAAGACUGAUGUUUCAGGAACCAUGUCACACAAUUUUCAGUCUUGGAACAACAAACCCUCAAGAAGAGGACCUUUUAAAGUGUGAUCUGCUCUACUUUUAUGUUACAAUUCAAGCUCGAUUGCCUAUUAGUCCCUUAAGAUACCCAUUUCUGCUUCCAGGUAAUGAGUUUUUGCUGUAAAAUUGUAUCAGUGCCCCAGAUGAAAUACACCUCUUAAAUCGUGAUAAACAAAAUAGAAAUAAUAAGAGAAAUUUUGUCUGAUUUUCCAGAAGCAGAGUAAGUUAUUUCAAGAAACCCCUCUGAAGAGUUGGGUAGUAUGAACUGGUUUGUGAUAGUUUAGUAUGUGUAUGUAUAUACACAGAUGAGUAUGUGAUGUGUGUGUACACAUAGUCCCACAGGAUACCAUCGGCCUCAUUAUAAAUGAAGGUGCAGGUAAAACUUUUGUUUUUAUGCCACAUUGCAGUUCUCUUACCUUCUAAAGCGCAAUUAUGUCAAUGCCAUGUCUUUGUUAAAUACUCUUUUUCAACAGUCCUAAACUUAGGAACUAUUUCUAAUUUGAUCACAAUAAAUGUAAGUUGUGUAACUUAUUUUGAAUGUCAUGGAUAUGCUCUAAAUUUAAAUUUUAAGAAGCAAUACCACUGGAAUUAUGUUGAGUAUAACUGAUUUGAAGAAGGCCAAGUGAGCUGCACAAGAUCACUUGAACAGCAUGAUUCUUAUAACUACCCUUAUAUUCUUCUCACAAAAGGUCUAUAAAAUGUUUAAAUUUUUUUUGUAUCAAAGUAUUUCAAAAAUUAGAAGCUUCUUUUUAACAUGUAUUGAUAUGACUUGAAUUUUCUGAAAUUAAGAACUCUAUAUACCAGUAAAUUAUUUCACAUAAUAUCAUUUAAGGUUUUGUUUAU